UCCGAGUCAGCUGUUGCAAUUGUUUACUUUAAACACACAAAUUGUUUUUUUUUGUAUCGCAACAUGGACGAGUUCAAAGUGCCCGCUCCGCUGCCUAAGCUGAAGCCCGUCGUGGUGGAAAAGCCAAAGAGCGAUACAGAAUUGACCAUAACGAAGAUCUCUCCUCCUGUUGCGUGCCCCUACAAAGUUCCCAAAUGGUCACAGCCAAAUUUGCCAGAUGCCGAACACAAUUACAAGUUCGAGGUGCUCAAGUCAGGUCAAAUUAUCGAUGAGGUAAAACUACGGAACCAGGCCGUCUGGACAUUUGGUAGACUCCCAGAGAACGAUGUGGCGGCUGCUCAUCCCACAAUUUCCCGGUACCAUGCUGUGCUUCAGUACAAACCGAAAUCCACAACAGAUGAGACUCUGGAGGAGGACGCUAAGCCGACGCAGCCCGAAGGCUGGUACAUUUAUGACUUGGGAAGCACACACGGUACAUUUCUCAACAAACAACGGGUGCCGUCGAAAGUUUUCAUACGCAUGCGAGUGGGUCACAUGCUUAAGUUGGGCGGCAGUACACGGGCUUACAUUCUACAGGGUCCCAGCGAGGACGAAGAGCCAGAAUCAGAGCUGACCGUUACAGAACUGCGGGAGCAACGUGAACAGCAAGCAGCUGCAAGUAUUGCAGAGAAAAAACGUCAAGCCGUGGAAGCAGAGGAACGCGAACGUAACGAAGGCGUUUCCUGGGGUAUGGGCGAUGAUGCCGACGAGGAAACCGAUCUCACGCAUAAUCCCUAUGCUUCUACCAACAAUGAAGAUCUUUUUUUCGACGACCCCAAGCGCACACUGCGGGGAUUCUUUGAGCGCGAGGGCCUGCACCUAGAGUACAAGUGCGAUGAACUGUCGCAGGGUUCAUUCGUAUGCCGUGUUGAGUUGCCUAUAGAUGACUCAAAUGGGAGGCCUAUCGUUGUAGAGGUAACUCACAAGGGGCGUAAAAAGGAUUGUGUGGUGCAGUGCGCCUUGGACGCCUGUCGGACUCUAGACAGGCAUGGCGUAUUGCGUCAGGCUAAUCAGGAGUCACAAAAGCGUAAGCUGGUCAAGGCUGGAGACUCUGAUGAUGAGGACGAAUUUUGGGAUCGCACAGGUGAUGUAGCACGCAAAAAGCAACGUAAAGCGAACACAGUCAUGUGUGAAACUCUGACCUAUGACGAUUUGCUCAAACAGGAAUGUGAACUCCACUUAGAAAUGGAAAAAAUCAACAUGGAGAUCGCAGCAUAUCAGUUAAGAGAAAAGCGUCAGAAGGAACUCACUCUUAAACAGCAACGGGCCAGCGAUGAUUUAGAUAAUUUUAUGGACACUCUGACCGAGGAUGUAGAGCAGGUCGACAAGACGGAAAUAAAAAAACUAAGGUUGGAUCUACAACGCAUCAAAGUCGAGCAACAAAAGAUCGAGCGGCUGAUCAAAAUUGCGAAACCAACGGCUCUACCCUAUUCAUCAACUAGUGCAAAGGAGAGCAUACCAUCCACCCAAGAGGAAAGCGUCGCUAAAAAGCAACUACCUAUGAUUGGCAAACGGAAUCAGUUUAGCAAAUUUAAAGUGGUUAAAGCCACGCCAAGCACACAAGUCACUUCCCACUUGAAGGCAUUCGCUUCGGAUGAAGAGGAAGUCGAACAGGAGGAGGAAGAAGAAGAAACAGUCAAGGUGGAAACAAAACCAGAUGCUACACCGCCAACAUCAACAAAUAAGAAUGAAGAGAGUCUUGAGGCUUCUAAUGCAAACGAAUCGCAAUUGGAGAUCCCUUCCUUCACAGAAGAAGUUUUGGCUGGACUUCUUACUGGUAAUGAAAAUACUCCCACUGAAACUGAAGCUAUCCAAUAUUCUACUCCCGCUGAAACUAAAGCUUUCCAAGAAUCUAAAACAUCCGAAGUGAUUGCUGAAACUGUCGAGGAUGCUGUAUCCCAGAAAAAGCCACGUCCAAGACAUCGAGAGCGCAACAAACCACGUCUCGAUGUGGACAUGGAUAUUAACGAGCUGGCAGAACAUGAGGAUAGCGCAAAAUAUGCCAAAUGGGUACCACCAGCUGACCAAAGCGGGGAUGGCAUAACACAUUUAAAUGAGAAAUUUGGCUACUAAUCGAGCAUUAAUCUUGUCGUAUUUAAAUAGAAUUAAGUAUAUUUAAGCAUACUGUAUUCGAACAUGUUUAAUCAAUUUAAAUUCAUUCUAAUUUGUAGUUGUGUUUAACAAAUAUUUGUGUCGAAUCUUUGACUUUCAUUAUUUUGAAGCAUUGCAAGUUGAAUUUGCAGUCUUCGACAUUUUUUAAGAUGAGUGCACAAUUAAUUAAACAAUU